AUGUUUGGUCGCAUACUUCAGGUGCUGACAAUGAAGUCACCCGACAGUCCCUCCGCUGUCACCCGCUCUUCGGUGGCGUCCGAAGAGCUGAGCACUAGAAGAGCGCAACUCUUGUCUUCGAUCAAAACCUUUAUCGUAAUCCUAAGCACUUCUAUCAUCUCAUUCAUAGCAUUUCGCAAUACACUCACCUGGUAUUUGCAACGCUUUUGGGGCGCUUCCGGCGAUUUCUGGCAGAGCCAGUGGGAGAAAGUGCUUGACGUUUGCGGACACAAUGAAUUCAAUGUCGGUUUCUUCGGCUCAUUCAUCGCCACAUUCACUGUCUAUUGGAUUGUCGGCAUGUGUUAUACACUCAUCGAUUUGACCGGAAGGCCAGCCUUUUUGCUCAAAUAUAAGAUACAGGAGCCCAACAACACUGCAUAUCCAGUGUCUCGGAGUCAGAUAUACGGCGUUUUACGGCAAGUGUUGAUAAACCAGUUCUUGAUUGGCAUACCAUUCACUUUGAUGGGUCACUAUCUGAUGCGUUGGCGGGGCUAUGAUUGGGGAAAACUGCCGACAUUUCAAUGGGUUAUUCUUGAGCUGAGUCUUUGCAUUCUCAUCGAAGAGUUGGGUUUCUAUUAUUCCCAUCGAUUGCUACACAAUCCGCGUCUCUAUAAAUACAUUCACAAACAACACCACGAAUGGCAGACACCUAUCGCUAUCACUGCCAUUUACUGUCACCCCAUUGAGCACAUCUUCAGCAAUCUUUUGCCCCCAUUUCUCGGUCCGUUGGUGUUGGGCUCGCAUACGGCCACCGCUUGGCUGUGGUUUACAUUAGCCACACUGUCGACACUCAACGCUCACUCCGGCUUUCACUUCCCAUUCUUCCCAUCGCCCGAAGCGCACGAUUACCACCACUUGAAAUUUAAUCAAAACUUUGGCGUUUUGGGUGUUUUGGAUAGACUUCACGGAACGGAUUCUCAGUUCAGGAAAACAAAGGCAUAUGAGAGGCAUAUAAUGCUAUUGAGUUUGGUUCCCAUCAAAGAGUUAUAUCCCGAUGAGACCAAGAAGUCGACCAAAAGUGACGACACGUGCAGUACUUCCAAAGAAGAGUGA